AAACUGCCAAAAUGGGAGGGAUCAGGACUUCUGGGGUUGACAUCACCGUCCAGCUGAUUGCAAGGGACCGGAAGAAGAGUUGUUUACAGGCUGCCAAAGUAAGGCUGGGAAUAAAAUGAUGAUGUGGCCGUUUCGGGGCCUAGAGGUGAACCGAGCCCCAUGCGACGUGAGCUUCAUGGAGGCCAUCAAUCAGCGCAUGCAGGUGCCCAGCAGGCUGCAGGUGGUGCAUGAGUCCAACCCACUGGGAAAGGAGAGAGAAGCUGAGGAGCUUCAUCCUUCCUUCCGGAUGCACAUCCCUGAUAGGCUGUCGCUGGCAGAGAUGAUGGAUGAUAGUCGAAGGCCUCUCCUGUUGGACCAGCUAAGGCAGUACCCCUCUAUUGUGCAUAUGCCUCAGGACCCUUCCACCCAGCCUACAGGAUUUGGGGAGCUCCUGUUUCUGGACACCACGACCCAGUCAGGCACCCAGAAACGCAAGCGAUCGACCCACCAUGGCAGACUGCGGAAGGAGAGAACUCUAAGCGAGACCCCCCAGAUUGCCUUGCGUUGCACGAACCAGAAGCCUGACCGGCCAGACACAAGCCCACUGCCCAGCCCCCCAUUCCCUCCAUUUCUUCAGAAUGGCAGGAUCUACUCCCUGCAGAACAUCUUCCAGAUGGUGUACUUCCUGGGUCACCUACUCUUCCACCGUGUUAAGAAGUCUGCCCGUGACCGAGCUCAGCCGAGCUCCCAGGACGCAGGGCCAGCCUCAGAAAGCUCCCUGGAGGAGAUUGGCGUGACUGACAUCAUAGCAAUGAGGAAACAGUUGAACAAGAUCUCUGGGAGGCUGUGGACUCUGGAGGAGCAAUGUACUGGCUGGCGUCAGAAGGAGCUUCUGGUCUACUCUGUGCUAGUCUCUGCAUGUCUCAUCAACACCUGGCUUUGGCUAAGGAGAUAAAGAGCCCUACCCAUCCUAGGAGAGAGACUGCCUCUGUGUGUGUAUGUGUGAAUCCUUACUAGAGCACUUAUGAACAGUAAACUCAGUGUGCUUCUUAAA